GUCCCCCGGCGCGCAGGGCAACGAGGCCGGCGCCAAAGUGAGCGCGGCAUGGAGGGGUCUGCCUAACUGGGGCCCGUGGCCCUGCGUCUUCUGGCUGCGACGCGGGUCCUGCGCACGCUGCGGGGCCGCAGCCGCCGGGCGGUGGGCGCCCGAGGGGCCGGGAGGCGAGCCGGGGCCCCCAGGCGGGUGUGGGCACCGUGUCCACAGCCAGCGUCCCCGAGGCCGCGCUCGGGCCAUGAUGACUCGGUGAAGCUGCGCUGCGGCAGCGCGGCCGACUUCUUCCCUGUGUCCAGUAGUGGUCUGGAGGGUUAUUUGUCAAGGUGUAAAGAACUCUACCACUCUUAAGACAGUAAACUUCACGGGGUGUAAUCUGUUGACAUGGCAGGGAGCAGAUCACAUGGCCAAGAUCUUAAAGUAUCAGACUACCAGAAGGCAUGAAGAAACCUGGGCUGAGAGUCUUCGCUCCAGGAGACCUGAUCUUGACUGUAUGGCUGGUUUGAGGCGCAUCACUCUGAACUGCAACACGUUCAUUGGUGACCUGGGUGCAAGUGCUUUGGCAGAAUCUCUUAGUGAGGAUUUAUGGCUUAGAGACACUCACUCGGAGGUGGCGAGUUCUGUUUCACGGAGACUCCAAAGCGCGAGGCAAGGCGGGAAAAAUCCCCCUCUCCUCUGCAGCGCGGGAGGCGGGGCAGGCGCCUCACGUAAUCUGCGCGCUGCACGCUGGGAAAACCGCCUCCCCGAGCCUGCGCACUCGCGCGCACGCCGGGCCUUCUCGUUCCCGUGCUUUGGCUGACGAGGAAGCUCCCGACGCCGGCGAGCCAUAGACUGCUCCUGGGGUGGGGCUGCGCGGAUGAGCGCCCAUGAGAGUGUGACAGGCUCUUGCCUCCAGAAUAUGAUGGCCAGUCACCUUGUAAAACCUGAUACUAGAAAUUGCAAGAGACCAAGAGAGUUGGAGCCUCAAAUGCCGGAUAGUCCACAACUGUCCUCUCUUGGAAAAUCAGAUUCUUCUUUCUCUGAAAGCUCUGGACUAUUUUAUAAAGAUGAAGCCCUGGAGAAAGAUUUGAAUGAUAUAAGCAAGGAAAUUAAUCUAAUGUUGUCUACAUAUGCAAAGAUCUUAAGUGAGAGAGCAGCAGUAGAUGCAUCGUAUAUUGACGAGAUAGAUGGACUCUUCAAAGAAGCCAAUACUAUUGAAAACUUUCUAAUACAGAAAAGAGAGCUCCUGAGACAGAGGUUUACAGUGAUUGCAAACACACUACACAGAUAAAAUUGUGUACUUAAAAUAAGCUGAGAAUUUAAACCCAUUAUUGUUGUAAUGAAAGAAUGACAUUUGUGCUCUGAAUGCUCUCCAGUUGUUAAGAAAAUGUAUACCUUAAAUAUAGAAGGGGAAACUCCUUAAAUUUCUUUUCUCGAUUUAAAAGGGGCAUUAAGCUGGACAUUAAUAUGAUACAUAGCUUUUCUUUUGAGAGUCAAAUAUUUGGCAUAUUUUAUAAAAGUGUGAACUAUUUAAAUUGUAUAUGGAUCCUCUUCUUUUUUUUUCUUAAACCUCCUAACCUUUCUUAAAUUUCUAAAAGAAGACUCAGUGAGUUAAUUUGAUAAUAUUUAACAAUAUUGCACUUUUUCUUUUAGAAUAUUUUGUUUAAAUAGCAGAUAGAUAGCUUUGGAGAUAGUUUAAGAUGUUUUUCAUGGUCAGCAUUGAAAGAAAUUAAAACCCAAAAGUAAUUUGUCCAGUUUCUCAAUAUGUAGUUAAACCGUGCUAUUGCUAUUUAAUGUUACCAUUUGAUUAUUUUCAGUAUUAUUAUUAUACAUUGCUAAUAAAAAUUUGGUUUAAAA